AUGACAGCAGAAGUCACAGAGAGAGCCCUCUGGGGUCAGAGGUCAGGGACCAGAGGGGCGUGUAGCGUACCUCCUGCACCAGGCUGUCCAGUAAGAGCCCUUCUUGCAGAUUCCAGCAGACAGGAGACCCGUCUACUGGACCUGCUGGACCUACUGAAUCUACUGGACCUGCUGAAUCUACUGGACCUGCUGAAUCUACUGGACCUGCUGGACCUACUGGACAUACUGAAUCUACUGGACCUGCUGGACCUACUGGACCUACUGGACUGUAGGACAAGUUCCCCAUAUAAGCGCCGGGGCUUCAGGGCCCCCGCUCCCGCUACUGUAGCCUCCAGUUCUCCUCAGACAUGCGCUGACCAGCCCGGCUCCAUCAGCCUCAGGUCGGGUCACCGCCGCCUCUCACGGACACACGUGCACGCGCUUCCGUCCCGCCUGCUGUCUGCGAUGACGGCCAAAGCUCUGGAGAAGGGGCCGCUGAACCUGGGGGGCUUCGCGCACCCCGCCGCUGACAGCGUGUACUCCGUGGACGAGCUGGCCUCCAGCCUGCCCGCGUCCGUGGCCAUCUUCAACCCCAACCCAGAGCUGGCAGCCUACGAGCAGAUCCAUGUGGCGACAGGUGGGCUGCUUCAUCCAUCCAUCCAUCUAUCUAUCUAUCUGUCUAUCUAUCUAUCUAUCUAUCUAUCUAUCUAUCUAUCUAUCUAUCUAUCUAUCUAUCUAUCUAUCUAUCUAUCUAUCUAUCUAUCUAUCUAUCUAUCUAUCUAUCUAUCUAUCCACCAUGGCUUGCUGGGCGCAGACAUGAGCGGGGACAAGCGGCCCGUGGACCUGUGCGCGUACUCCGGCGCGUUCCCGCAGCCCGCGGCCCACCGCAACCAGACCUUCACCUACAUGGGGAAGUUCUCCAUAGACUCCCAGUACCCCGGGAACUGGAACCCCGAGGGAGUCAUCAACAUCGUCUCGGGCAUCUUCAACGUGGCCCAGCCGCCGCCCCCCCCCGCCUCCUCCUCGGCCUCCUCCUCUCCGGCCUCCUCGGGCUCUCCGCAUCACUUCUCCGGCGGAGCCGUGAGCUGCAGCAUGGCGGCCCAGAGCCAGCCGGACAUGGAGCCCCCCCACCACCUGUACUCCCCCCCGCCGCCCUACUCCGCGUCCAGCUGCGGGGAGAUGUACCAGGACCCGUCCGCCUUCCUGUCCACCUCCAGCUGCCCCAUCGCCUCCUACCCGCCGCCCUCCUACUCCUCCCCCAAGCCUCCCGGCGGCCCGGACCCCCCCGGGCUCUUCCCCCUCCUGCCCGACUACUCGGGCUUCUUCCAGCCCGCCUGCCAGCGCGACAUGCACCCGGCGGCCAUCCAGGACCGGAAGCCCUUCGUCCCGUGCCCGCUGGACACGUUCCGCGUGCCCCCGCCCCUCACGCCGCUGAACACCAUCAGGAACUUUACGCUGGGGGGGCCGGGCGCCGGGGGCUCGGACGGGGGCCCGUCGCGGCUCCCGUCCGCCUACAGCCCGCAGAACCUGCCCCUCAGGCCGAUCCUGCGGCCCCGGAAGUACCCCAACAGACCCAGCAAAACGCCCGUGCACGAGCGGCCCUACCCGUGCCCGGCCGAGGGCUGCGACCGCCGCUUCUCCCGCUCCGACGAGCUGACCCGCCACAUCCGCAUCCACACCGGACACAAGCCCUUCCAGUGCCGCAUCUGCAUGCGCAACUUCAGCCGCAGCGACCACCUCACCACGCACAUCCGCACGCACACGGGCGAGAAGCCCUUCGCCUGCGACUUCUGCGGCCGCAAGUUCGCGCGCAGCGACGAGAGGAAGCGGCACACCAAGAUCCACCUGCGGCAGAAGGAGCGGAAGUCCUCCGCCGCCUCCUCCUCCGGCCCCGCGCCGGAGCGCGCGCCCGGCGCGGGCACGGAGCCCGGCCUGGACAGCUUCGACUCCAUGGCGGCGCGACGCACACUAACGCCCAAAAUCCGCGCGCCGCCGCGCGCGCGCAGCCGCUCGGCCGCAGGAGAGAGCGGCUGGAUGCACUUUGCCCGCGUUGUGAACUGA